GAACAAGCUGAUUUUAGAAAGACCUGGAAAGUUUUACACCAAGUUGUGUUAAGCAAAACAAGUAGAAUCAGGAACACAUUGUAUACAGUUAUAGCAAGGUUGUAUGAUGAUCAGCUAUGAAAGAUUGGUUUUGCAUUCUGGUUGAUGAGAUUUCCAGACAGCUUUACUCCUUUUAGUCCACCUCCUUCUAGACCAACUUAUGCAGCCUCAUUUUCACCUGGUGCUCAAGAACACAAGCUCAGGACUCACGUGGCCACUCCUGCUGCUGCUGCUGCUGCUAUUGUGGAGGAGAUACUAGUGUCUGUCCUGAGCAAUUUCCCUUCAUUUCAGUGACUCUGACAUAAACACAGAUAUACCGAGAAUGACAGUAGCUGCAUUUGUGACAACUACUAGUUUUUUUUAAGAGUUGAGAAUUAAUAUUUUUGUGGUUAAGAAAGCACCACACUGUUGAAGACUUGAUUUUUAUGAAAACAAUAUAUGAUGAUGCCUUGUUGUGUGGCCAAAUUCCAUCUCAAAAACAGAAUACAAACCAUUUAGAUCACAUCUUCUGAACAGAAAGUGAUACAAAUCCGAGCCAGGACUGAUGAAGGAUGUCUGCAGAGAGUAGGGUAAGGAGCACAAAUAUCCUAUUCCUGUUUCCUCAGCUCAGGGAGCCUCUUGGAUCAGAAGAGCUCAGCAGGCAGGAGAACACCCGGUCCAAUGGUGUCAGACACCUAUUUCUCUUAAUCUCCCCAUUUUCAGGAAAAGGGCAGUCUCUAGUUCAGACAACUUUCAUUUUCCCCCAUUUCUCUUCUUUCUUAGUUGCCUUUGCCUUCUCACACACACCCAGGCCAGACCCCUCCUACACCAAAACUGAAAGGAAAGCUCAGCUCAGUGAGGAGGAGGCAGAAGCUCGUGCAAUUUGGUCAAGCCCCAGUGCUCAGAUUGGCCAAGUGUGGGGGGGAGGUGGCACCUCUGUGGGAAGGGGAGUUCCCUGCUCAGUCCUCGAGCCAGACGUGCUCCUCUUCGGCAGUCUCCCUACUUUCUCUGCUUGUUUAAGACCUUAACUUUGGUUCCUGUUGGGGGGUGGGGGUGGGGAAGUACAUGUGUGAUGACUGCUUCUCACUCCCUCCAAGACCCCAGGUUUGACUCCUAGAGGACAAACCCUUUUCAGCUCUUACACACUCUACACCAACACUGGAAAGCUCAGCUCUGUGGGGCAGAAGACUGUGCAUUUUCAUCCAGCCCUAGUGCUGAUAUUGAUCAGAUAAAUGGCAGAAAAAGAAACUCUCACCAGCCUGACCUGGAAGAGCACAAUGGAGAUCCCAGCCCUCGGUCGUCCCUUACAUCUGGGAACACUAUAUGAUUGUCGCUCAGAUACCCUCGUCCCUGGUGUCACUUUAUGGAACAAGGAGACUCUAGAGAGAAAUGUGACCACAGAAGAUCAAUGCAAGACUGAGUUUGACAUCAUCACCUCUGACUCCAUGGAGGAAAAGACCAAUGCCAUGAACAUCACUGGAGAGCUGAAAGCAAGUGUCCUUGGGGGGCUGGUUGAAGUAGGAGGUUCUGGCAAAUAUUUAUGUGACAUCAAGACCUCCCAACAGCAAGCCCGGGUCACUCUCAAGUACAUUACGACUACCCAGUAUUCCCACCUAACAAUGAGCCACCUGGGAGAUGAGAACAUUUCCUAUCAUGAUGUGUUUUAUAAUGAAACUGCCACCCAUGUGGUCACUGCAGUGCUCUAUGGGGCCCAGGCUUUCUUUGUGUUUGAUCAGAAAAGUUCCAUGGAUAAAAAUAUCAAGGAUGUAGAAGGAAUAUUGAAGGCUAAUGUAGAAAAGAUUCCCAAAGUGUCAGGAAAAGUUUUGGGAGAGGUAAAAAUGGAAGACAGUCAAAUAAUAUCAACUAAGGAAUUCAGGUGCAAAUUUUAUGGGGAUUUUGCUCUUGAGACCAAUCCAUUGACUUAUGAAGAUGCAGUAGAAGUCUAUGCCUCCCUUCCUAAGCUGCUUAAGGGCCGUGGGGUGCCCCUCCAAGUCUGGUUGUACCCUCUGGAGAAGCUGAGCUCUAAGGCUGCCAGGCUGGCUCGAGGGAUUAGCAUGAAGUUGGUAUGGGAAGCCCAGGAUACACUGGAGAAAUUAUGUGAGUGUGACAAGAGGUGCAAUGACAUGCUGGAGGCACCAGAUUGCUCAGUCUUUUCUGCAACCAAGGAAAAGAUCAGGCUUUUCCAAGAACUAAACAGGCUGCACAGACAGCUUUUACAGAAGGAAAUAGCCAAGGUACUACCCUUGAUUCGAGCAGGCAGAGCAGAGGAAGAUGAGCUGACCAGUAUUUUAUCUAGGGAAAGCCAGUCCCCAUUCAGCACCAGGAGGCUCUCUGAAUUCCUAGCUGACAAGCUCUUUGAGAUGAACGUGAUAAAGUCCUACCUCACCUUUCUGAAGGAGCUGCAGGUCAUAGCUGACCAGAAUGAAUUGGAUAAGGUGGUAUUAGGCUCUACCCACAGAUUUGUCCUGGUGUUUGCAUUCACCUCCUUGCAGGAGGAAUCCUACUUAGCAGAUUGGAAACAGUGGCUUUGGAAUCAAGCACCAUUAAAUCCUGACUGUGAGCAAAAGACAUAUUCCUCUUGGGUGAAGGACACAGAGACAAGGAGAAAAGCCAUAAAAUUGGCAGAAUCCUUUUCAGCAUUUGCCAGGACCAAUCAUUCCACGGAGAAGACUCGGUUCAUUGUGGCAUCUGUCCCAGACCAGGAGAAGCAGGGGGUCUCCAUUUAUCUUUAUGAAAAAGGACUGCUAGUCACCUCCAACUUUGAGCUGCCACUCAAACCUCUUCCUCCCCAGAUAGUUGAGAUCACACAAGACAGUGUUGAGAUCAUUCUGACUCCAGCAAGUGGGAGGAAGGAAAAGAUCACUGGCUAUCAGGUAGAGUACCAGGUUGUAGGCAAAGAAGCCUGGACUGUCAUCCCUGUGUCUGGAAAGCCAGAGGUCUUCAAAGUGAGUGGCCUUGAGCCUUGCACAGAGUAUUUGUUCAAGUUUGCUGAGGUUUGUGAGCUGGGACUCAGUGAGAGCAGUGAUGUGAGCAUUGCUGUGAGGACACGUCCUCCCACCUGCCCUCCUGGGAAGCCAAAAGUUGUUUUCAUGAGACCAGAGUAUGUAGUCCUGGACUGGCAGAGUCCAGAUUUUUGUGGAGUACAUGACAAGAUCAAGGAAUAUAAAAUAGAGUAUAAAGAGGAAACUGAGGCUAUAGAUGAAGAGGGGCAAGGAAAAUGGUAUGAACACAGAACAGGAUAUAAUGUGAAUUGUUGGGACAUUGAUGGAUUGACUCCUGGGACUGUAUACAGUUUCCAAGUUUCUGCUGUGUAUGAUGGUGGCUGGACUGGUUACAGCAGUGACAGGAGUGACCCAGUGAGGACCCCCUUUACUACAGAUGAAGCUUUAAUCAUUGAAUCAACUAACAAGAUCCAGAAGCUGCAGAUGGAGCCAGAAGUGGCCUCUGGAUCCUCAGAAAUAAGAAUUCUCCUUCUGGGAAAACAUGGUUCAGGGAAGAGUGCGACAGGAAACAGCCUUCUGGGGAAGCAAGUAUUUGUAUCCAAAUAUAGUGAAGAGCCUGUGACUAAAACUUGCAAGAAAGAAAGUGGAAUUGUGGGGAAAAGGAAAGUUGUGGUCAUUGAUACCCCUGAUUUGUUUUCCUCAAGAAUCUCUGUUAGAUAUAAGGAACGAGAGAUCAGGCAUUGCAUGACCCUUUGUUUCCCUGGCCCCCAUAUCCUGCUCUUGGUGACCCCUCUUGGCUUUCACACAGUGGAAGAUAAGGAGAUAGUGAAGGGUAUUCAGGAGAUAUUUGGAGCUGAAGCCACAAGGCACAUGUUACUUCUCUUCACAAGAAAAGAAGGUCUGGAAGAUGAGGCACUUCCAGAGUAUAUUAAAGAAACUGAUAAUGAAUACCUCAAGGAACUGACUCAUAACUGUGGGAAUCGGUACUGUGCUUUCAACAACAAAAUCAGUGGAGAAGAACAGGAUAUUCAGGUUAGGAGUCUCCUUGAACAGAUGGAUUGGUUGAUGCAGAAGAAUGAUGGAUCUUAUGCACGCUUUAAUGCAAAUAUAGGAAAGAAAGAAAAUACUAUAAAUUCUAAAGCAGAUAUGUUGCCAAAACCAUCACGUGCCCAAGAAUCCCAGGGAUUGGUGAAUAUAGUCAAGGCCUAUCAAAAGGAAGCUAAUGUGUCUGGGUUUGGACAGAUGACAGAACCCAAGCAAUACAAUGAGAUACAAGAAUUGAGAAUUCUUCUUGUAGGAAAACAUGGCUCAGGGAAGAGUGCUGCAGGAAACAGCAUCCUGGGCAGAUGUGUGUUUGAGUCCAGACUCAGUGAACAGCCCAUGACCCAAGUGUGCAGGACAGAGCAGCGGAUCUGGAAACAACGAAAAGUUGUGCUCAUUGACACUCCAGAUAUUUUUUCCCAAACAGAUCUCCAGAAAGAGCUCCACCAUGUCUCCUCUCUAUGCUCUCCAGGUCUGCAUGCCCUCCUCCUGGUGAUCUCACUGGGCUCUUACACAGAGGAAGAUGAAAGAGUGGUGGGGAACAUCAAGAAAGUCUUUGGAGAAGAGGCUCUUAGGAGACAUGUAAUCCUUCUGUUUACCCGGAAAGAAGACUUGGCAGGCAAGGACUUGAUGGAAUUCAUAUCAAACACAAAUAAGUCUCUUCAGAAUCUCAUUAGGAACUAUGGGUUUCAGUACCAUGCUUUCAAUUACCGAGUCACAGGACAGGAGGAACGACUCCAAGUGAAUGAGCUUCUGGAGAAGAUUGACAAAAUGGUAUAUGACAAUGGAGGCCGGUUUUGUAUCUUUAUGAAACCUGCUGUUAGAUCUGAUCCAAUGAUGCCAAAAGAGCUGAGACUCCUCCUGGUAGGGAAGACAGGAAGUGGGAAGAGUGCCACUGGAAAUAGCAUCCUUGGCAAGGAAGUCUUUGAGUCAAAGCUCAGUUAUGGGCCAGUGACUAAGAGCUGCCAAAGAGCGAGUAGAGAAUGGGAUGGAAGGACACUUAUUGUCAUCGACACCCCAGAUAUCUUUUCCUUCAAAGCCCAAAUAAAUAAGGAUCUGGAGAUCUGUCGCAGUAUGAUGCUCUCAUCGCCAGGGCCUCAUGCCCUGCUUCUAGUGAUCCAGGUGGGCUGGUACACCAGUGAGGACAAGGAGAUCCUCAGGUGCAUCCAGGAGAUAUUUGGAGCUGGAAUCCUGUCUCACACCAUCCUUGUCUUCACCAGGAAAGAAGACUUGGGGAAGGGAACCCUGAAAGACUACUUAAGUGAUACAGAGAACAAAAGCUUAUUUUGCUUGGGUAGGGUUUGUGAAGGAUUUCACUGUGGUUUCAACAAUAAAGUUGAAGGAGAGGGACAGGAAGGCCAACUAAAGGAAUUGAUGGGGAUGGUAGAAAGAGUUCUUAGGAAAAAUGACUGGUGCUGCUACUCAAAUGUGAUGUAUACCUACAUCCAAGAAAAUAUUAAGCAGCUAAAAGAGGAGCUCAAAAAAGAGCCAACAGGCCAGAGACAGUACUCUAAGGGAGCUUUCUGUAAAAAGAAUAUGUUAUCAGAAGAGUCAAAUCAGACCCUCUCUGCCCUAGAAAAUCUGAAGAACAUUCGAAGGAAAUAUAGGCAGCAUCAAAAAUCAGUACUGGACAAGAAGUCUUAGACCUCUUGGAUGGUUUCUGGUAACAUUUCUCUAACAGAAUGCCUUUUUAUAAUCCAAAAACCAUUUCCAGUUGGCUGAAUCCAGGCAUUGUGAUAGAGAGGAAAGAACUGAGAGCCAGGAAUCUGUGUAGAAGAAAGGUCAGGGAGGUGUCAUUAGCCCAGAGGAUCACUUCAUGGCAAAUAAGCCUAGAUUAAACAACCCCAUCCCAUGAUGUGUUCAGUAUUAUACUUUCCAAUGAACUUUUCUAUUCAUAAUCUUAUCUUCUUCUUUCUGCAACUCCGUUGGUGAAGUUGAUGAAAGGAGUCACAGGUAGAAAGGGAUGUUAGAAAUAAUCCAAUCCCUUCAUUUUUCAGAGUACAAUCGGAAAGACCCAACCGCUCACUGUAGUUUUGCCAAUGACUAAUGCUAUGGCCUGAACAAGUCAGUCCAUCUGGUAUGACUAUUUUAUUUAACAAGUGAGAAAACAAAUCUGGUCCCUUCCUGCUGUAGUCUCCCAUGGUGUCAAGCCAUUGAAAAUAGUCUCAGAAGGCUCUGACCCUUCCCCUAUCCUCGCUCCUAGCUCUAUUCUAGGUGGAAAAAUUAUAAUUAUUGUAGGUUCCUCCCUUCUAAAACUGAGAUUCUGUGAACUUCAUUUUAUAGAUGGUGAAACUGAAGUUUAAUGAAAAACAAAGUCAAUUGGGAGAGAAAUCGAAUUUAUCCUUCAGGAAAGUAGAAGGAGAUGGGCCUCUGAGAAUAGGGACAAGGUAUGUUAGGGGAGAGGGCGGUCAGAAGUAAAACACUUUUGAGGAGGGAUAGGGUCAAAAGAGAGAGAGACAACUCUGAAGGAUUUAUGCUGAAAAAUGCUAUGUAGGCCGAGAGAAAGAAUGGAUUGUGUCUGACGACUGUAGAGUGAAGCAUACUUUUUUUCUUUAACUUUAUUUUACUUGCUUUUUUGGGGGGCAAAUUUGUUUUCUUUCAUAGCAUGACUUUUAUAGAAAUGUUUUACAUAACUUAACAUGUGAGUUUUCAGUGGGGAUAGGAGAGAGAGAGAAUCUGGAACUCAAAGUUUUAAAAAUAAAUAUUAAAAAUUCUUUUAUAUAUA